CAGAAUGUAAAAUAUGUCAAAAAGCUAACUAUAUAUUCUAUUUUUUCACAUUUGUAAUUCUUUUAAAUUAUUUGCUAAUUGAAAUAAAUGUGCAUCUGUUUAACUAUAGUUAACCGCAAAAAUGAUUGUUUUGCAGUGUAAUGCUCUUGUAUUUUGAAGUUGUACUAAAAUUCAUCAACCAAACGUGGUGAAAACUUCUGAAACGACAACAUUGCUUCGACGUAAUCAUGGCGGACCCCCUGAGUUUACUACGCCAGUAUAAUGUAAACAAAAAAGAAAUAAUAGAGCGCGAUAACAAAAUAAUAUUUGGCGAAUUUUCUUGGCCUAAAAAUGUCAAGACUAACUAUCUUAUGUGGGGGUCUGGUAAAGACGCAUCUCACAAUAAGGAAUAUUAUACAUUGGAGUGUCUUCUAUUUAUACUCAAAAACAUACAUUUGACACAUCCGGUGUAUGUAAGACAAGCAGCUGCUGCUAAUAUACCACCUGUACGACGACCGGAUCGUAAGGAACUGUUGGCAUACUUGAAUGGAGAAACAGCCACCUGUGCUUCUAUAGAUAAGAGUGCACCUCUGGAAAUUCCUACACAGGUCAAAAGAACACAUGAUCAUGAUGGAGGUGAAUCUGCGGCAAAGAAGCCUCGUAUUGAGGAAACUCAUGUCCAAAAAGUACGAGAGCAACUUGCGGCCCGACUUGAUGCUCCAAAAGAAGCAUCUGUCACUGUUGACAAUAUCAAGUCUUUAUCAGAGGCCAUGUCAGUUGAAAAAAUAGCUGCAAUUAAAGCAAAACGCUUCGCUAAGAAAAGGACAACUAUUAAGAGUACUGAUUACUCUGACACACUUGGAGUUGUGGGAUCAGAUUUACGAGCUAUUCUGGACUAUGAUGUGGAUAUUACCAAAGACAUUAUCAGUCGUGAAAGGCAGUGGAGAACAAGGACUACAGUAUUACAGAGUAAUGGGAAAAUGUUUGCAAAGAGCAUAUUAGCUCUUUUGGGCAGUAUUAAAGCCCGAGAAGAGGGGAGGCCAGGAGUACCUAGACCCCAACCAGUUGUUCUACAGCCACCUACAAUAUUGCCCACCCAACAAACACAAUACAACAGAUAUGAUCAGGAAAGAUUUAUCAGACAAAAGGAAGAAACCGAGGGAUUCAAAAUCGAUACCAUGGGCACAUAUCAUGGCAUGACACUGAAGUCAGUGACUGAGGGACCAAGUGUGCCAGUCGCAGCUCGUGCUCCACAAACUCCUAGUCACCCACGCCAAAUGCCACAAAAUGGACCAUUACCUAAUAGUACCCCUGGUAGAAGAGAAUUGUUACCUGUGGCGGCAGCAAGGCCACCACCAGGUGGUAAGAGGCCUUCGCGCACACCCAUCAUUAUAAUACCGGCUGCUACUACCUCUCUCAUAUCUAUGUACAAUGUGAAGGAAAUGCUCCAAGACUUUAAAUUUGUACCAGUUGAACAAAAGAAGUCAGAAGGUGCAGUACGCGAAAAUGAAGUUCUACUGCAAAGGAGGAAAGGUCCAUCUGGAGAACAGUUGCCUAAUAAUGCAACGACUAUUACGGUGCCAUACCGUGUUGUUGACAAUCCAGCUAGACUUUCAGCAGCUGAAUGGGAUAGAGUUGUAGCUGUAUUUGUUCAAGGACCUGCUUGGCAGUUCAAAGGCUGGCCAUGGGAUGGUAAUCCCGUUCAAAUUUUCGCAAAUAUUUGUGCGUUUCACCUGAAAUUCGAUGAGAUGAAAUUGGACGCGAACGUGUCUCGCUGGGCAGUCACCGUACUCAAUUUGAGUCGUACAAAGCGGCAUCUUGAUCGCGCCGUUUUACUUGGAUUUUGGGAGACACUUGACAAGCAUAUGAGGAAGAAUAAACCACAUCUUAGAUUUUAAAUAUGUUGUAGUUAUUUAAAUUUCUAUCACAUUAUAAAAGAUUAUUAUUUGUGAACAACGCCUUUAAAGUAAAACGGACCUGAGUCAAUUCAUGCCAUUUAUGAAGUAUUUUGGUCGAAAAAUAUAAAAUCUCAUUCAAUCACAUAAUUUGUAUGUAUGUCUAAUGGUAUAAAAUGUUGGACAUUACAAAAAUAUGUACUCCUAAUACAUUUUGUACUCUCUAAUCUUUAGUCCCUAUUACAAUUAAGAUCAUUACUUACUAUAAAAUCUCUUGUACACAUUGUUUUACGAACAUUACCUUAACUGUAUAUCACAUAACUCGAAUAAUAAUUAUAUAACAUAUAUUUUAUUUAUAGAUGUUAAAAUACAAUUAUACUUAAAUAAUGACGUUUAUAAAUUAUUAUAAUGCAAUAUUAAAAUUUUAAAUAUUAAAAAACUUAUUUUUUUAUAAUUAUCUAAACAGACCGCUGUAAAAUGAUGCCACCAAUUUGACAAUUUGAUUGCACUAGGCAAAUUACAAGUGCCGUCCGUAAUUCAGACACUAUUGUAAUGCCUGCUAACGUUUUGCAAAUUUUGCAGCUUACAUACAUUUUAUAAGCUGUUAGUCGGUAUACUACUUAUUUUAAUACAUAUGGCAUCCCAAAAUACUUUAAAUGGUAUUGAAACUUUCAAAGAUCUGUGAUCUUUGUAUAUUAACAACAAUAAAUUGUUGAACAUAUUGUCUUUUUU